AUGUGGCUGAUUGCUGUUGUUCUUAUGACACUAAGCCUGGCCUCACUUGGGGCACCAAGUACACACGUAGCCACAGAACCUGGAAUACGUGUAGCUCUGACCCAGGAAGGCCUGAAUAAAGUUUCCCAUGACCUCACUGGCUGGUUCCAGGAAAGAAUCAGCAGUAUCCACCCGCCGGGCAUCAAUGGGACUGUGCCAGUUUGGAUAGGAGCCGUCCGCUACUUUCUCACAGACAUGUCAGUGGUCCGUUGUGAUUUGCCGGAGCCUCAAGUCAGUUAUGCAGACGGACAGGGCAUCACCGUGGUGCUUGAUGGACUCAGUAUGCACAUCAGUGGGAAAUGGAGGGCAAAACUCUCAUUUUUAUCUACCGGUGGCACAUUUGACUUGGCGAUAUUUAACGUACAAGUAAAAGCCACGUUAAAACUUGGUAGUGACAAAGAAGGACACCUUUCUGUUACGACCGGACCCUGUGUGGCGUCGGCUGAAAAAAUUUGUUCAACGCUCGAUAUCGGAGUCCAAGAACUAGACCGAAACCUAACGGCAUUACCAGUUCAGUUACCGGUGGGUCGAUAUGUUUUUGUUGCCAUUCCUCUUACAAACCCACCUACUGUGAAGGGCUCACACGCCCAGAUAGAUGCGAAGGGAGCGUUCUACAGUCGGAAAAACGCCACAGAGCCGCCGUUUUCGCCAGACCACUUUAACUUGACAGUGGGGAGGAAUAGAAUGAUCUAUUUCGGAGCGUCGGAAUUCUGUGUGAAUACGGCCACGUUCGCAUACUUCACAGGAGGACUGCUGCAAAUAAACAUCACGGAUGACAUGAUCCCGGCACAGUCCCCAAUCCAACUCAACACCAGUGACUUUGGGGAGCUCAUCCCUGAGCUGCCCCGGCAGUUUCCUAAUGAGCUGAUGACAGUGAGGCUGCGCGCCAGCCAGUCACCACGCUUCUCCCUCCAGGCAAACCUGUGGACCCUGGACAUGUGGCUCUCAGCAGACACUUUUGCCAUUCAGCCGAAUUCCACUCUUGCCCCACUCUUCACACUGGACUUGAACGUCACAUUUAGUGGCAAAGCUCUCAUUUCAGAUGGACUGCUGAAGGGAUCUAUGAAACUCAGCAAUGUGUCCGUAUCUUUAGGAUCCUCUCAUAUUGGGCCUUUUUCGAUUAAUCCGCUCCAAGUUGCUGUGAACAAUUUAUUCACCGAUGUUCUGCUCCCUCAGCUGAACAAGUUGCUUCAGGUUGGUUUUAAGAUGCCUACAGUUUUUGGAUAUAGCAUGGUAAAUGCACAACUCACCAUUGACAAUGGCUUUGUUUCUGUUAGUACGGAUAUUCUCAUUAAAUGA